CGCAACUUCCACGCGCGACCGUCCAUACAGUGCACACGAAUCUUGCGUUCUCCGGAGCAUUCGAUGACUGUUCUGCACUGCGAAACUUGCAGCAGAAUUCUGUCUUUACCUGGUACUGCCCCACCCGCGACCGUCCGGAGGAAGCAACUCCGCGUGGCGUGACGACGACCAUUUGUCGGAUAUAUCUCGUGGCCGAAACCCUCCACUCCACGAGACGAUGGAUCCGCAGCUCACAGGCGUGACGGGACUUGAGCAAUAUCCUGAACCUGUGCCCCCGCAGCAGGAGGUCGACGAAUUCCUGCGAAAGAAGCGCAAGGCGCGAGAGCACAAAGCCUGCUACCCAUGCAGGCAGCGCAAAGUCAAAUGUGACCUUUCGCGACCAUGCCAAACAUGCCGCGACCGAGAUCAUCCCGAAUUGUGCUCAUAUCACCCUCCAAACAAGAGGCAGAAUGUCGAGCCACAUCCUCCCGCGGCAAUCAUGGGUGACGGCCAUGCAGCACCAUAUCCACCGCAAGCACCAGCACCAGGCUAUGUGAAUGUUGCAACAAGUCAGCUUGAUAUGCUCUUCCGGCAACUGCACAAUCUCGAGAAUUCCAUCGCGGAGCUUAGACGUGAGGUGCGACGAAAUGCUGGCGAUAAUAACGGAACGCACGAAAGUGACGGCACCGAAAGCAGCAAUGGCCAUCGAGUGCAGACUCAUACUGAUAUCCAUGGGUUGCACACCAAAAAUGAAUCGGGCGAGAUCGUGCAUCUCGGAGGCGGUUCUGUUCCAGCCAUGCUUUACGCCUUGAGUUCGGGGCAGACGCCCGGCGCCAAAGAGCAACAAGAAUUACAAGAGUUCCUGGGGAAAUCUGUCUUGCCAAUGUUCGGACUGGAUAACGAGUCUGCAACAUACCCUUUCGUCGAUCUCUGGGGCUUACCUCAUGGGUCGCUGCAGCGUGCCCGAGAGCUUGCGCGAGCCUUACCAGGAGAUAAUCAGCUUAUGAGUUUAUUUGCUGGCUACCGCGACCUGGGAUAUAUCAUCUAUCCCGGCAUCGCAGACAUCAAGCAACUCGAAGCAGAUCUCACUGGUUUCUUGAUCAGUCGAUCAUCCUAUCAGAACCCGGACGAAGGAGUCACCGAAAACAUGGUGUACGGCAAAAGUUUCUACUGGCUCGGCAUGCUCUUUGCCGUGCUUGCGAGCGGUGCCCAGUGCAGUGCUCUAACUCGCAAAGAGCGAGAGCUCACGUCGCAAGUAUACGUAUGCUGCGCUUUCGAAUGCUUACGAUUCACAAACUUCUUAUCACAACCACAUGCAGAAAGCAUACAAGCACUUUUGAUCAUUGGCAACGUUAUGACCAAUAACAUGAACGCGGGCACUGCGUGGUCACUGCUUGGUCUGACCAUUCGGCUUGCGCAAGGGCUUGGUCUGCAUCAAGCAUGUCCACCUCACAUUGCGCACGAUGUUGUUCUUCCUAGAUCACGGAUCUGGUGGGCCAUCGUGUGGCAAGACAGUCUUCUGUCCAUAACAUACGACCGCAACGCGUCGCUGGAUGUCAACACGAUGCCGAUGCCUCAGAACUUUGGAGCAGUCAGCUCUUAUCACGCUUCUAUGUAUCGCAUGUGCAAGGUCGGCCUGGACAUUGUACGUGACCGUGCUAAAGCAGCGAGCUCCCGGGAGCAUGUCGCACGUAUCAAUCAGCACCGCGAAGAGAUUGCAAACAUUAUGAGAGAUGCAAUGGAACAUCUGCGAGACUCCCGCCAGUGCAAAUCUAGCCAGGAGACUCUGGAACACUGGGCUCUCUACUUGCAUACCAGCUAUGCCAUGUCAGAGCUUUGCCGGCCCGCAAUCAGCCCUCGAACAUCAAGCGAGCUUGUCAAGGGGUUUAAGCAAGUCUGUGUUGAGAACCUGAUCAAUACCGUGGAAGCAUUUCUGGGCCUGAACAACAUCACGUUCUUUGCGCGCCAAUCGUGGGCUGCUGUUCAUCGAGCGCUGAGUUCAGCCCUGCUCAUUGGCAUCCUCGGCGAACAUCGGUCUAACGAACGGGCUCGAAAGUUGAUUGCCCGCUUUAUCUCGUUGAUGAGUGACAUAACCUCGACUGUCGACCCUAGUGAGAUAUCUGCACCGGUGCAGCGAGGUGUCACUGCACUUCGCAAGCUCAAUAUCGAAGGGUCGCGAAGCGGUGGAUAUGGCGACUCUAUCGCCUCGGGUUCGCCUGCCGAUACUGGUGGCACUAUCGUCGGAAGUGAUGGCAGUUUGAAGAUCGACCACAGCCAAAUCUUCACCCCAGCAAAUUCCGAGACUGCCGGCACGAUCGAGGAAGAGAACUCUCCGUACUCAGUCUUGAACACGAUACUGUGGGGCAACAAUAGUGGCAUGUUGGGUGAGAAUCAGCCCGUCUAA